AUGCAACAGAGCUGAAGUGCAAACCUAGGGAGCCUGUGCCUCAACCUCCAGCCGUUAGUUUGAAGGCGUCUGGGAGCUUCAAAGCCUAAAAGGUGGCUCAGACCUGCGGCGGCGAGUGGCGGGGAGGUAUCCAAGCCCCCGUCAUUCUCUCUCCAGGGAUCUCGUUCAAGUCGGGCCUCUCUCGGAGUGGCCGCUGGUGGCAGAAUCAAGCUGUCACCGCUUGUCUCUUUAAUGCGCGCCCCCGAGGCCCAGCGCGGCCCCGCCACUAUAACUACAGCGCAUGGAGCGGGCUGUGUUCAGAGCCAGGACGGCGGGCGCUGGGCAGCGGCUCACCGACUUUUCCACGUGCGACCAGAGCCCGUCCCGCUCGAGUCCUGCUCCAUGGACCCGUCCAGGGUGGCCCUCAGCUGAGGCCCUGACUCCUGCUAGGCUCGGGGCUGCGGCUGCACCCUCGCCCCCUGCCGCCGGGAGACCCCGCGGGCUGUGCGGGCUGCAAGCUGCCCGGCGCGCUGGCCGUCGGGCGAGGCCCCCGCCGCCAGGCCCCGCGCCCCCGCGCCGCCCGCCCCAUGCUGGUGCACAGCUACCCCGCCAUGGAGCGCCCCGACGGGCUGAGCGCGGCGGCAGGCGGGACGCGCCUGUCGUCGCUGCCCCCCGCGGCCUACGCGCCCGCGCCGCCGCUCUGCCACACGCCCGCCGCAGACUUCCAGCCGCCCUACUUCCCGCCGCCCUACCCGCAGCCGCCGCUGCCCUACGGACAGGCGCCCGACGCCGCCGCCGCCUUCCCGCACCUGUCCGGGGACCCGUACGGCGGCCUGGCGCCCUCUGUACAGCCGCCACCGCCGCAGCCCGCCUGGCCCCCCGCGCCCCGCGCCGCCGCCCGCGCCCACGACGAGCCGCCCGGCCUGCUGCCGCCGCCCGCCCGCGCCCUGGGCCUCGACCCGCGCCGCGACUACGCCGCCGCGCCUCGCCUGCUGCACGGCCUGGCCGACGCGCCCCUCGGCCUCCCCGCGCUGGCGCCGCCCGGCCUGGAGGACCUGCAGGCCAUGGAGGAGCCGGGCAUGAGCCUCCUGGACCAGUCCGUGAUCAAGAAAGUCCCUAUCCCCUCCAAAGUCAGCAGCCUCUCAGCCCUCUCACUGGCCAAAGACAGCCUGAUUGGUGGCAUCACAAACCCCAGUGAGGUCUUCUGCUCCGUGCCAGGCCGGCUCUCACUGCUCAGCUCGACGUCCAAGUACAAAGUGACAGUGGGAGAGGUCCAGCGGCGACUCUCACCUCCCGAGUGCCUCAACGCCUCCCUCCUGGGUGGUGUCCUUCGCAGGGCCAAGUCCAAGAAUGGGGGUCGAUGCCUACGGGAACGGCUGGAGAAGAUUGGGCUCAACCUGCCAGCUGGCCGUCGCAAGGCUGCCAAUGUGACACUGCUGACAUCGCUGGUGGAAGGAGAGGCUGUGCACCUGGCUCGAGAUUUUGGCUACGUCUGUGAGACUGAAUUCCCAGCCAAGGCAGCUGCCGAGUACCUGUGUCGACAGCACUCUGACCCUGGGGAGCUGCACAGCCGCAAGAGCAUGCUGCUGGCUGCCAAGCAGAUCUGCAAGGAAUUUGCGGACUUGAUGGCUCAGGAUCGAUCUCCACUGGGCAACAGCCGCCCAGCACUCAUCUUGGAGCCCGGGGUACAGAGUUGCCUGACACACUUUAGCCUCAUCACCCAUGGCUUUGGUGGGCCUGCCAUUUGUGCUGCCCUCACUGCCUUCCAGAACUACUUGCUAGAAUCACUCAAGGGGUUGGACAAGAUGUUUCUAAGCAGCGCAAGCAGUGGACAUGUUGAUGCCAAGACUUCAGAGAAGGAUACCAAACAUCGGAAAUAAACGCUUCCUCUGUCUUGUGCCUAAUGGGCUCCCAAGACCUGAAAUGAUGUCUUAGCUCCAGGGUGCACCUGAGAGGAUUAAAAAGUAGCGUUGGAAUCAGGUCAGAAAGAGUAUGCUUCCAGAAACCCUAGAGGUAGGCAUCUGGAUUGGAAUAAUGGGAAAGAUGACCUCUCUGUGUUGCUUCGUUGAUGAGGUGGCAGGGUCUGCCUUACGUGUGCAAUUUUCUGACCCUUUUGCUGAUGGCUGAGAAGGUUUUGGACAGGAAGUUGGCAUUGAAAAAGUCUAGUUCUUGGAGCAGUGUUCUUCCGGUUAAGGUACCUGGGCAGCAGUGGGUGCCACAGAGGCAAAAGCCUUGCUCUUAACGGCAGGGGCCAAGUCCUUAACAGAUCAGAGGUGCUACGGAGGGUUAGAUUCCCCCAUCCAAGAACCUUUUAGCCCCAGAAAUGCUGGUGGUAGGCCCCACUAGACUCUUUGGAAGUCUUUCACACUUGGAAAAUGGGCAGGAGGGACUCUCAAUGAGCAAAGAUAAAAAGCACAAAUUGCAGAACUUGAAUUCAGCUGCACUUCAGUCAUGUUGCUGUCUGUCUUCAUUUGUAUAUGUGAUUAAAUUUAAAAAUGUCCAGUGCAACUUAUUUAUGAGUUCCAAACUCUUGUUUUGUACUGAUUUAUCCUCACACACAAAACUGUCCAAAUAGACCAGGACAGAGAGGCAGUUUUUGCUCACAAAGGACUGGGGGUGGGCUGGGAGGGAAGAGAGAUGUCUGGAAACUUGAGGUGGUCACUAGGAUUUUGUAUUUUGUUUCACUUGACCUUACAGUUAGUAUACCUCCCCAAGUCUCAGAUUGUUUUCUCAUUCUCUUAAUAAAACCUUUUCACCGGA